AACGAAAUCGAAAGUGAUUUCAUUGACAUUGAAAUGCAACCAGCUCACUCACUUCUGAGUAAAGUGCACUCGAUUGGGUUUGUUGUGUGCAUUUCAGCUAUCUUCGGGGUGGUACUGACACGACGAGGAGGAAAUGGGCACUAAGGAUGAUAACGUUUGGAAAACUCUUAUCGAUGUGUUCAGACCCAGGUUGCGCAAACUGAUACAGGUCGAGCCUGUUCUGGAUUACCUAGACUUCAUACACGCAGAGCUAAAAGAACUAAUCAAAAACAAAGCAAAGACAGAGAGCAACAUCCGGGCUGUUGACCUACUCAUUGAAACGCUCAUCAGAAACCAAUACCCGGCUGGCUGGUUCAGGUCCUUCGUGGUUGCCCUCUCGGCAGCAGGUUGUCAACAUGCUGCAAGUUAUGUGGAGGGUCGCCCUCCAAGCCCCUCAUUGGAGGCAGAGAAUGACUACUGCGUCCGACUUAUUGAAGUUCUCUUACCCACACUUUUGGAAAUGAAGACUAAUGAUGUGUCCCGUAGGUGCUUUGAAUUAGAAAUUAUCAACCAGGAGGACCUCGAAGUUAUUUCAGGUAAAACCCCAAAAGAAGGAGCUCGUGAACUGCUGGGAAGGGUGGUCAGAUGUCCUCCAGGCUGGUUCUCCACAUUCCUGCAGGCCUUGCAAGACACAGAGCACAUUCCCCUGUACAGGGAGCUGACUGGAGGAAGCCCUGGGGAUGAGGGGAAUGAGCCAGGUGAGGAUGUGGAGCCUGGCCCCCAGCAGGACCAGGCCCCCACCCAGGACCAGACCCCCACCCAGGACCAGACCCCCACCCAGGACCAGGCCCCCACCCUGGGUCAUGCAGCCCAGAGGCCUGGAGCCUCGGAGGACAACACCCUGGACAGCAGCGGCAUAUCAGGGAUGAGCAUGGAUGAGUCCUUAGACACUACAGAUCUUUACCAAGAACAGGAAGAGCAAAGUAGCGACAGCUUGGAUGUCUCACUCUCAGAUGGCAGCGACACCGCAAGUUCUGCUGGAAGCCCCAGGAAAGCUGACAUUGUCCUUCGAGAUUAUCAGAUGGAGGUUGCGCGACCUGCCUUGGAGGGAAAAAACAUAAUUGUCUGCCUGCCGACAGGAAGUGGCAAAACCCGAGUGGCAGUAUACAUUACUAAACAACAUCUGGACGGCAGGAGGAGAGAGAGACUGCCUGGGAAAGUGGUGGUCCUGGUUAACAAGGUGCCCUUGGUUGAGCAGCAUUACUCCACGGAGUUCUGGAAGUUUCUGAAACACCAGUACAAAGUGGAGAAAGUCAGUGGAGACUCCCAACUCAAAAUCUCCUUCACUCAGAUAGUCCAGACGAACGAUAUCAUAAUCUGCACUGCCCAGAUCCUGGAGAACUACUUGGAGAGGGCCGAUGAUGGUGACGAUGAGGGGAUUCAGUUAUCAGAUUUGACCCUCAUUGUAAUUGAUGAGUGUCACCACACACAGAAGGGAGCUGUCUACAACAAGAUCAUGAUCCGCUACCUGAAACAGAAGAAGAAGAACGCUUCGUUGAAGAAGUUAGCGAAGAAGACUGUGCCCAUUCCUCAGAUCCUGGGCCUCACUGCCUCACCUGGUGUUGGAGGAGCCAAGAAAAUGGCGAAAGCUGAGGAGCACAUUUUACGAAUCUGUGCAAACCUGGAUGCUUCUGAGAUCUUGACUAAGACUGAGAGUCUUGGACCUAACACGAAGAAACCACAUAAGAGGAUUGCUACGGCUGAAGAGAGGAAUGAGGAUCCCUUUGGGGAUGUAAUCAAGGGCAUCAUGAACGACAUCCACGGCCACGGUGAGCUGUCUCCCACCUGCGACCUGGGCACCCAGAACUACGAGCAGUGGGUAGUUCUGAUGGAGCAAAAUGCUGCAAAAGAGGAAAACCAGAAGGUGCGUGUUUGUGCGGAACACCUCCGCAGGUACAAUGAGGCGCUGCACCUGAGCAACACCAUCCGCAUGAAAGACGCCUUCAGCUUCCUGCACAAGUUCUACAAAGAAGAGAAGAAGAAGAAAAUGGCUCCGGAGCAGGACUCGCCCAUAAAUAUAACUGAAACGGAGAUGUUUCUCUUCAAUCUCUUUAAAGGAAAGAAGGCACAACUGCAGCAGUUGACCAAGCAUCCGGAGUAUGAGAAUAACAUCUUGUCUCAGCUGAGAAGCACCGUUCUUCAGGAGUUUACGAGCAGGAUGGAAGCGCGGGGGAUCAUUUUUACCAAAACCCGUAACAGUGCCAUAGCUUUAAGCCAGUGGGUUCAGGACAACCCAAAGUUUGCCGAGGUGGGAGUGAAAGCGUGCUAUGUGAUAGGAGCGGGAGACCAGAGUGAAGUGAAACCAAUGACCCUUGCUGAGCAAAGGGAGGCGUUGAAAAAGUUCCGGAUCGGAGAAGUGAACUUGCUGAUUGCCACCACUGUGGCGGAGGAGGGUCUGGACAUAGCAGAGUGCAACUUUGUCAUCCGAUAUGCCCUCGUGACUAAUGAGAUAGCCAUGAUCCAGGCUCGGGGCCGAGGCCGAGCCCAGGACAGCAGCUACAUCCUGGUGGAGCAGCAGGGCUCAGGAGUGGCUGAACGGGAGCACGUGAACGAGUACCGCGAGAGCAUGAUGAGCAAGGCCAUCGAGAAAGUGAAGAAGCUUGAUCCAGCCGUGUAUGAGAAAAGGAUUCUAGAGUAUCAGCUCCAGGCUAUUAUGGAGGACAGAGUGAAGAAGACUAAUAAGAAGCAGAAAGCCAUGAUGAUGGAGAGUCCGUCCAAAGUGAUGUUCAACUGUAAAGGCUGCAGCAAAACAGUCUGCUCUGGUGAAGACAUUCAGAUCAUUGAAAGUAUGCACAGAGUCAACGUUUCUGCACAGUUUGGUGAACUUUUUAUCAAAAGAGAAAACACGUCCCUUCGGGAGAGGAUGCUGGACUAUGAAACCAAUCUGGUCAUAGCUUGCAAGGACUGUGGGCAGGAGUGGGGCUCCAUGAUGCUGUUCCGUGGUAUCGACUGUCCCUGUCUUCACAUCAAACACUUCGUAGUGACCUUCGAUGGAAGGAACAAGACCUACACCAAGUGGAGUGAACUCGCCAUCAAGUUCCCUGCCUUUGAUUACGCUGAGCACGCCAGUCUAGUGGCUCACAGCUCUGAGGAGGAUGAUGACAGCAUGUAGGGGCUGGGGCACAGGGAUUGGAGGGACGUUGCCGUCAUUGUGGUAGUUUUUGUAUGUUACAGUAUGUGUGUCUUUUUACAUUUGCGGUCCAAAUAUGAGGAUUUGAUUGCUAUCGUGUUAUGACCGCAGUGAGCACUUUUGUCUUUCUCUCUUUAAACUUUUCAUCAGUUUGAAAAACUGAUUUUGUUUACACAGUGAAGAGAAUGUAUAUGAGGUAUAGGUCAGACAUGACAAGUGAUCAUCAGCAAACGCGUGUUGAAUCAGUGUGAAAGCCAGGAGAAGCGUCCUUUCCCAACCCGUACGAACAACGUCAAUCAGAAGCAGCAAAGUUUGCUACUUAACAACAUGAAUGAAUCACAGGUUAGGUGACACUCUUCCUCUGGCAGUCCUCUGAGGGGGGGGCUCUGUCGUCGGCCCCCCGGCCCGCCUGCCCCCCCCCCCCCCCCCCAGCACACCUGGCAGCCCACAUGCUCGGGUGAGAUCUGACAGACAGGUGGGGGGAUGGUUUUACCAUUAUACACGGAUGCUUAAGAACAGGCUCAGAGUGCUCCUGAGCUGGGAGGGGGAAGUCACACACACACACUCACACACACACUCACACACACACUCACACACACACACUCACACACGCACACACACUCACACACACACACACACACAACUGUUAAUCUAGACAAGAUUGUUCAAGACAUAUAGGUUGAGGGAAUGCCAUCCAUGGAUAAAUGCAGCCACAUACAUUGCAUCUGCUGCCGAUAAGAUUUAUUAUUAAAAUAUCAAAAUACUAAAAACUAUUUCUGGGUUAAGACUUUCAGUGGGAUUGUAUAUUGUGUGUUGUUUGUGUACUUCUGACACAAAAUUACGGAUGAGUACACUGCUUGUGUCUAUCAGUUGUCGAUAAUUGGUGAUAAACAAUGAAUUGUCAAUGAAAUACUAAGUCUUUCUAUACUUAAUAUCAUACAGUGCAUAAUGUUCAUCGUAACCAUUGGUUAUGGUCAUUAUGAUUAUCGUCCGCAUUUAGGGUCACAAUUUGAAAUAAAGUAGCCUACCUCCAAUACAUAUUUAGAAGGAACAGUAGCCUACCUGAAUGUUACACUAUCAAAG